AUGCGCAAGAACAUUGCCGCGUUCCUCUCGGCUUCUCCCCCACCUGUGGGCUAUUGUCAAACCCUGCCAUCCUCAAGGCCUCAUCCACCUGUUGUGGGCAAAGUGACUCAUCACAGCAUUGAGUUAUACUGGGAUCUGGAAAAGAAGGAGAAACGGCAAGGUCCUCAGGAACAGUGGCUUAGAUUCUCAAUCGAGGAAGAAGACCCCAAAACGCACACUUACGGUAUCAUUUAUACGGGAUAUGCAACGAAGCACGUCAUUGAAGGUCUGGAACCGAGGACACUCUACAGAUUCCGACUGAAGGUCACCAGCCCCUCUGGAGARUGCGAGUACAGCCCCGUCAUCUCGGUAUCCACGACCAGAGAACCCAUUAGCAGUGAGCACUUUCAUCGAGCUGUCAAUGUGAAUGAUGAAGAUUUGCUUGUUCAAAUACUUGAAGGAGGCCAUGUCAAGGUUGAUGUUCCCAAUAAGUUUGGCUUUACUGCUCUGAUGGUUGCUGCCCAGAAAGGAUAUACCAGGCUUGUGAAAAUCUUAGUUUCUAAUGGUACAGAUGUGAAUCUGAAGAAUGGCAGUGGCAAGGACAGUCUUAUGCUUGCGUGCUACGCGGGACACCUGGAUGUUGUGAAGUACCUCCGCAGACAUGGGGCUUCCUGGGAGGCUAGAGACCUGGGCGGCUGCACAGCUUUGCACUGGGCUGCAGAUGGAGGCCACUGCACUGUGAUCGACUGGAUGAUAAAGGACGGCUGUGAGGUGGAUGUUGUGGACACUGGUUCAGGGUGGACGCCGCUCAUGAGAGUCUCUGUGGUGUCGGGCAGCCARAAGGUGGCCUCGCUCCUCAUUGAGGCUGGGGCUGAUGUGAAUGUGAGAGACAAAGAUGGGAAGACGCCGCUCAUGGUGGCUGUAUUAAAUAAUCACGAGCAGUUGGUUGAGUUACUUCUUGACAAAGGGGCAGAUGCAAGUGUGAAAAAUGAGUUUGGCAAAGGGGUCCUAGAAAUGGCCAGAGUGUUUGACAGACAGAAUGUAGUCUCCUUAUUAGAAGAAAGGAAAAAAAAGCUGCCUCGGAAGUCCUGCGUCCACUGAUCAGAGCACCAGCUGCCUGAGAAAUUGAG